AGAAGGUAGACCUUAUUUUUAGCAUAUAAAAUUAUUGCUGUCAUACUAUGUGACGUGCUAAUCAAUUAAUUUAAUUAGUUGAAAGGAUGGAGAUAAGAUAUAUAUCACAUACAUUUCAUAUACCUGAACUGUCUAGUCCAAGUCUAGUCUAAUUUUAACCUAACCUAACCCAACCUAACCGACCUAAUUUAACCUAUAAUGAAUCGAUCACAAUUUGUUUGACGAUCCAUCUUCUAAGACAAAAACAAAUUUAACUUAAAAAUUAAUUGUACAAUGCUAUGUGUAGAAAACAAUAUAAACAAUUGCACAUAAAUGUACAAAGCAAGGCAGCUGAGAAAAUUAAUAAUUCGAGCAGAUAGCAUAUUCUGUUGGCAAAACAUGAGUAGUGGUGAAACGUUGAGCAGACCUGUCGAAAGUUUGAUAAGAAAAAAGCUGGAAGCCGGGCUGAAACCUCUGUAUUGUGACAUCAUUAAUGAAUCCUACAUGCACAAUGUUCCUAAAGGCUCUGAGACACAUUUCAAAGUAGUAAUUGUGUCAGACAAGUUUGACAAGCAACCAUUAAUCAAGCGACACCGAAUGAUAAACGAGUUGUUGCAAACAGAACUACAAGAAGGAGUACAUGCUCUAUCAAUAAUAGCAAAAACACCGGAGCAAUGGGAAGUGAGCGAUAAAACGAUAUCUGCGAGUCCUGCUUGCAGAGGCGGCUUUGGAAAAUGAUGUCAUUUUAUGGGUUUAAUAACUCAAAAUAAUAACUUAAAUUAAUUUUGAUCAACAACAUGAUAAACUACAUGGCGAAAAUUUGGCACGCAAGGAUUAUAAAUCAUUGAUGAGAUUUAGCAUUCAAGCUUUCUU